UAGUUUUUUUCAGAUAGCAUUUAUCAUCCUGUAAAUGACAUAUAGUGCUAGCUGAUGGUCACACAACAGCAGUGAAUAUCACGUAUAGGUAGAGUGUGUCAGAUAACAUGACUUACAGGGUGUUACACAUGUCUGUAGUUUAUGAUGGGCCUGAGCAUAUAGGGGUUUUCUCUGAUAAGGCGUUGGGUUUAUAACAGUGGUUAACAGAUCAUAUUGGGUUGCUAUUUGUCUUUGGCACUUGAGAUGAGCGCCUGUUGGAUACAUAAGUCUGCCCAUUAAUGGAAAAGGAUAUACAGGGCUAAGAACUCGGCACCGAACGUUCAGGCUACAGCUCUGUCUUCCCUUUGGAUAUAGAGGACUACAGUUGUUCCUGGUUAUACCGCUCUGCUCUUUGGACUCGCAGCCCUGCAGGUGGGCAGUCAGCAUCCCCAGAGGGUGCUUCGGUGUCCUCCGGGCACAGGGAUGGGCUGCGCUCCCAGUAUCCACGUAUCUCAGAGCGGGGUGAUUUACUGCCGGGACUCGGACGAGUCCAACUCCCCACACCAGACGACCACAAUCUCCCAGGGAACCGCCGCCACCCUGCACGGGCUCUUCAUUAAGACCGACGCUGCUGACUCUAUCCCCUCAGUGCUCGCUUACCAGAACCGCUACCCGCCUGCCACACGCACCGGCUCCCGCAAGGAGCGCAGAGACCCCGGGCAGCACAACUGCUUAGAGGCCGAGACCCAGACCAGCAACACCAGCGUCAAGCAGGCAUCCACAACAGAACUUUGGUUGGGACCUAUGAAACUUACACAGGAUCCUAUUCAGGUGCUGCUAAUAUUUGCAAAAGAAGACAGCCAGAGCGAUGGGUUCUGGUGGGCUUGUGACCGAGCCGGGUACCGAUGCAAUAUUGCUCGGACACAAGAAUCUGCUGUUGAAUGUUACCUGGAAAAACACCAUGAGAUAAUUGUCAUAGAUCACAGACACUCAAGAUAUCUUGAUGCAGAUACUGUUUGCAGAUCAAUACGAGCAACAAAGCCAUCAGAACACACUACAAUUCUUGCUGUUGUUCCACAUCCAGCUUCUGACCAAGAUGAAAUGUCUGUUCUCCCGCUGCUGAAUGCUGGUUUUAAUAGAAGGUUUCUUGAGAAUAACAGUAUGAUUGCCUGCUACAAUGAGCUGAUUCAAAUAGAUCAUGGGGAGGUGCGAUCUCAAUUCAAACUGCGGUCUUGCAGUUCAAUAUUUACAGCCUUAGAGCAAUGCCAAGAAGCCAUAGAAAUAACAAGUGAAGACCAUGUCAUACAGUAUGUAAAUCCAGCCUUUGAACGGAUGAUGGGGUAUCACAAAGAUGAACUGAUUGGCAAAGAAGUUACUGAGUUACCGAAAAGUGACAAAAACCGAGCUGAUCUCCUGGAUACCAUCAACACAUGUAUCAAACAGGGAAAGGAAUGGCAAGGAAUUUAUUAUGCUCGAAAGAAAUCCGGUGACAGCAUCCAGCAACAUGUAAGAGUAACCCCAGUGAUUGGCCAAGGAGGGAAGAUCAGACAUUUUGUGUCCAUCAAGAAACUCUGCAAUGCCAGUGACAACAAUAAGCAGAUCUACAAGAUAAAUCGAGAAGAGAAAUAUUCUGGAGACAACGCACUAACAGAGUCCCACUCAUUCAGACAUAAAAACAGAAGGAAAGAGUCUGCCGACGUAAGGUCUAUAACUUCUCGAAGCAGUGAUGCACCAAGUUUACAGAACCAUCGAUAUUCAUCUAUGGCACGGAUCCACACAAUGACCAUAGAAGCUCCUAUAACUAAGGUCAUUAACAUAAUAAAUGCGGCCCAAGAGAACAGUCCUGUUACAGUCGCAGAGGCUCUGGACAGAGUUCUGGAAAUUCUCCGUACAACAGAACUCUACUCUCCGCAGCUGGGCACCAAAGAUGAAGAUCCGCACACCAGUGAUCUUGUAGGAGGUCUGAUGACUGAUGGCUUAAGAAGGCUUUCUGGAAAUGAGUAUGUUUUCUCGAAAAACAUGAAUCAAAGCCAUAGUCACCUUCCAGUUCCAAUGACCAUCAGUGAUGUUCCACCUCGUAUAGCACAAGCGCUGGAUGGCGAGGAGAACUGGGACUUUAACAUAUUUGAAUUAGAAGCUGUAACACAUAAAAGGCCACUAGUUUAUCUUGGUUCAAAAAUAUUUACCUCUUUUGGAGUCUGUGAGUUUUUGAAUUGCUCAGAAGCCACCAUGCGCUCCUGGUUACAGAUGAUUGAAGCCAAUUAUCAUUCAUCCAAUUCUUACCACAACUCUACACAUGCUGCCGAUGUUCUCCAUGCCACUGCGUACUUCCUUCAAAAGGAUAGUGUGAAGGCAAGUCUUGAUCAGUUAGAUAAAGUGGCAGCUCUGAUUGCUGCCACAGUCCAUGACGUAGAUCACCCUGGUCGCACCAACUCAUUUCUGUGUAAUGCUGGUAGUGAACUAGCAGUCCUGUACAAUGAUACUGCAGUAUUAGAAAGUCACCAUGCAGCCCUUGCCUUUCAGCUGACUGCAAAGGACAACAAAUGCAACAUUUUUAAGAAAAUGGACAGGACUCAGCAUCGAACACUUCGUCAAGCUAUAAUUGAUAUGGUUUUGGCAACUGAAAUGACUAAGCAUUUUGAGCAUGUGAACAAGUUUGUGAAUAGCAUCAACAAGCCCAUUGCAGCAGAAGACAGCAACUCAAAUAGUGAAGGGAGUGAUUGUGAAUGCUCCACUAAUACAAAGAAUUCACCUGAAGAUCGAAUUCUUAUUAAACGCAUGAUGAUUAAAUGUGCAGAUGUGGCCAAUCCCUGCCGCCCUUUGGAUUUGUGCAUUGAAUGGGCAGGAAGGAUUUCUGAAGAGUAUUUUGCACAGACAGAUGAAGAGAAGAGACAAGGCUUGCCGGUUGUGAUGCCUGUGUUUGACCGACACACCUGUAGCAUACCAAAGUCUCAAAUAUCAUUUAUAGACUAUUUUAUUAUGGAUAUGUUUGACGCAUGGGAUGCUUUUGCAAAUUUGCCCAACCUCAUACAACAUUUAAGUGAAAAUUACAAGUAUUGGAAAUCAUUAGAUGAGUUAAAAUGCAAGAGUCUCAGGUGUUCAUCUGAAUCAAGCAAAUGAAGGAAGAAAGGAAGAUCAAACGGUGACCUCUCGACCUACUUACACUGUGAAUCAUUUAAUAAUAUAGCAAUGCAGAACAAAACGAAAUGGACAUUCUGUAAAAUGAAUAAAGCAAGCCUAUAACAGGCUAGGCAAGAGCCAGUUGUUAGGGUACACUGGUUGGCAUGGAUAUAAAUGAAGCAUGCGUUUUUUCACUAGAGUAUUCUACAAUACUUUUAUUACCGAUCAUAUUUCACUGUGGAGCCAAAUAAGGGCACUUAGGAAAUGUUCAUUUUAAAUUGGUAACUAAUAGAUCUGUAGUUAUUUUUUUUUUUAUCCCUGAAGACCCUUAACUAUAAACUUCAAUCUGAUUUAUAAAUAGAAUAGAACUAUACAUUUUUAAUAUUUCCAGCAAAAAGUUUUGUCUGCUUUCCAGCUAGUGUGUGUUUAAGUAACAGGAAGUGCAUAUUUGUGCAACACUGUGUAGACUUGGAGUGUCAGAAAGCCUCCCACAUACAGCAUCUUAUAUCCUUUAUCAACACAUUGUACAAAUAAAUCUGUUAACAAUCUCUACCUAACUUAUUUUUGUGUAAUAUUUCACUUUAAACCAACAUAGAAAUGGAAAUUAUUAGCAGAGGUGUUGUUUAGAAAUGAACAUAAGCCAUAUAGCUACAUCAAAAUUGUUUGGCCAAUAGUUUUUGCUUUGAAUUAGUCACUGUGUGUGCGCAUAUAUAUAUAUAUACACACACACAUCCUAUAGUGGUCCCAAUAGUUGUUGAUUUAUAGGAAAUAUUAAAUAUAGUUUAAAUGUAACACUUACAGGUAUACAGACUUUAAGAUUUUAAAACUAUCAAAUAUCUAAAGAAAGAAAUAUGCAAGGAAACGACUUCAAAAUUCCAAAUAGAAAACACAAUUGUCUGAUAUAAAAUAAUUUAAUGUUAAUAUUAAACACCCCCACAUAUACACACAUAUAAAUUCAAGAAUAUGGAUUAAAUACAAUAUACUGUUCUACCAGACAUGCUUUAUUAAGGUAGGUGCAGCGUAAAAUGCGCCUGCAGAACAAAUGCAUAUUUUUGUAUUUCUCAUAAAUUCACUAGUCUAAAUGCAAGAUCUGCAUAUUUUAGUAAAAUAUUUGUACAGUCUAUACUAACACAUAAACCACUGCAAACAAAAAUAUUUUUUUUAAACACUGUACUCUUCAGGUUUUGAUAACUUUACAAGCUGUGAUUCAAUAAAACUGUACUACACUGUCACUAAAGCAUUGCUUAAAAGAGCUAAGAGCCAUAUCAGGCAGUUAUAUAUUGCUGGCUCCAACUGGACUGAAAACGUUAAACAGUUAGCAGCUGGUUUGACUUUAUUAACCCCUUGGCAACCAAGGUGUUAAAAGAUGAUUAGCUGCUAGUGACUUGGUUAUGACAACAAGGUUGUCAGCACGUAGUUACAUAAUGUGCCAACACAUUUUAUAUGUUUUGUACCAAAUAAUUUCAAAACUUUACACGCAGAGAAAUGUAUAUAAGCUAUAUUUUAUUAGAAUUGUAAUAGAACACUCCUUUAACAUGACAGAAUGUUUGCUUUGUACUAUAAUGCUGUAUUGUGUUAACUUGAUGUUUAUUUGAGAUAUUUCUGUAUACAUUAUAUAGUGAGUACAUUUCAAAUUUAAAAGAAAUACUUUUUGUUGGAUCUAUAUUUCUUUUGACUGUAAAAGUGAUAUCACUCCUUUUCUUACGGAAAAGGGCUGUAAUCUAUUGAUGUGCACUAAAGCUAAAAGGGUGAUUUCUUCUAAUAAACCUUUACAGUUCUUGUCAAA